AUGUGCUGUUUAGUUUGGUUAUUAAUACAAAAUAUAAAAAGUAUUAUUGUAGAAUAUAUUAUAAAAUUGAGGAGAAAAGAACAAAAUCAUGGAAAAAUUAUUUCAUUACCAUAUGAUUCUGGAUGUUGUGGAAGAUGUGAAAAGAUAAAUGAUUAUAUAAGAGGAUGGACAUUUAUUGAAAUAAUACCUAAUAAUAAUAAAGUUAUUUUAAAUGAAUGUAUCAAUUGUAAUGUACCAAGUGAGUAUUCAUUAAAAGCUGAUCUACCUCCAAUAGCUCCAAGAGAUGUUUCUUUUGGAUAUUCAAAUCAAAAAAAUAAUCAUAAUCAACCACCAAUAAUUUUAUUAAAUGGUGGUGGAGUUAGUAGGACUGGUACUUUACCAAGAAAAGUUUAUAAUAAUUUUGAUGAAGAUACCACAACUUUUAUUAGAAAUGAUAAAAAGAAAAGAGCUUCUUUUUCAUUACCAUCUUCACCAAAAGUUUCACAAAAUUAUGGAAUGAAAAAAUUAGAUAAUUGGAUUGGAAAUUUAAUAAAAAACGGUUAG